CAGCAAUCCAAAAUCAAUAUUGAUAGAGAUCUUCUCCAAAUUAAAGCUAAACUAUUGAAAAAAGAUUCACACAUUCGUUAUUAUUUCAACAUUCAGGAAAUGGAGGAACAACCAAAUGGUUAUGUGAGUGAACUGAAGAGUGAAUUGAAUGAAAUGCUUGAAGUAGUUGUUCUUCCAGAAGAGUCUGAAACGCAUGAGCAAUGCAUCUACAAAGUACCACAGAUAAUUCGCCAAAAUAAUCCACAAGCUUAUACACCUCGAAUUAUUGCCAUCGGUCCUUUCCACAGUCCACCACGUGGCUCAGUUAGUGACAACAAUUUGAACGAAAUGGAAAAACUCAAACUCAAAUAUCUCAAAGGAUUUCUAAAUAGAACAAAUCUAUGUGCGGAUGAUUUGGUUUUCAAAGUUCAAGAGUGGGAAAAUAAAAUUCGAAAUUGUUAUGCAGGGCCUGUUAGCUUUGACAGCGAUGAUUUUUUAAAAAUCAUUAUAGUUGACGCAUGCUUCAUAAUUGAAUAUUUUCUUAGGUACGCAAGUUACCCACAGUGGAAGGAAAAUGAUCCUAUCUUAUCAACACGAUGGCUAGUUAAUGAAAUUUAUCGUGACUUAAUACUCCUUGAAAACCAGCUACCUUUUUUUGUUCUUGAAGAGAUAUACAAUUUAGCUAAUAUAAGUCUUGAAAUUCCAUUAUCAUUUAUUGCAAUUACUGUAUGGUAUUUUAGGCGACACAACCUACAGAGCAUAAUUUCAGAAGGAUUGCAUCCAAAACAUUUCACAGAUCUUCUGAGAACAUUUUUACUACCAUCAACUUUUGAUUUUGCACAAAAAGAAAUGGGACAAACAAUUAAACAUGUAUAUAGUGUGAGUGAAUUAUCAGAAGCAGGAUUAGUCUUUGAAGUAAGUGAAAGUAAAUGCUUACUUGACUUGAAAUUUGAUAAGGGUGUGUUUAAAAUGCCGUGCUUUCAAAUGACUGAUUCAACAGAGAGAUACAUGAGGAAUAUAACAGCCUUUGAAGAAUGUCACAUAUCAGAUACACAUUCAAGAUACAUUUCUCAGUACCUAUUUUUUUUGGAUUUUCUUAUUAAUACAGAAAAGGAUGUGAGCAUCUUGGUUAAUAAGAAAAUUAUUGCCAAUUGGAUGGGUGACGCUAAUACGGUGACUACAAUGGUUAACACUCUUUGCAAAAAUAUCACAAUACCUAAAUUCAAUUCACAUUUUGUAUCUUUAUGUCAUGGGUUAAAUGGUUUCUAUGACAACCCUAGAAACAAAUAUAAGGCUAUAUUUGUACAUGAGUACUUCAACACUCCUUGGAAAAAGGUAUCAACUAUUACUGCAGUAUUACUAGUUUUGUUUACUCUGAUCCAGGCUGUAUGUUCAAUCUGGUCAUUAGUGAAAUGAUACAAUAUAACGUAAUAUUAUGGUAAUUUCAAUUGAGAUAUAGUGCUAUAGUUCUAUGAGUUCGGUUUAGUGUUGUUUAGAAUAUGUUGUUUUUAUUGUAAGGGGUUGUAUUCUGAUAGUGUUUUGUAAGCAACUAUGCUUGGUGGUAAUUUGUUGGUUUUAAGCUUGGAAUUUUCUUGUUUUGUAACGGGAUGUGUUAUAUCCAUCUCUCCAUUUGUAUUUUUUGUGCUUAUGAGUGAGUUAAUGAUAAAUUUGUUGAUUUCAAAAUAAAAGAGAUAA